UUCAACUUUGAUGGAGGUAUGUAUCGUGAUCCAUGCUGCACCCAGUGUUUUCACUUUUAAAAUUAGAUCUAAUGCAUGUUAGGCUGUAACCCGUAUUGUUUGAUCAGCAUUAUCGAUGUUGUCACGUUAUGUGAUAGUGUUACAGAGUUGUGUAUUGUAUUUAUCAUUUUAUGGACAUUUACAACAUUUUCACGUUGCGUUAUGCUGAAGGAUAGCUAACGUUCGCCUUGUACUUUGCUAAUGAGGCUAGUCACCUCGCGAAGUGUAAGUGUAUUUUUAUUUUAUGUUUCACGGCACUCAGACUGCAUGGUGGGUUUACAGUUGUGCUGAAGUUCACACAGUGUUGUGUAUGUAUUCGCAGGUACGUGCUCCCAAAUUAUAUGUAAUAAUGAUAUGUUACUGUACAUGUUUAGCCCGUGUGCUGUGGUGAUUUGUUGUGGCUGUCAGACGAGAGUCAUUCUAAGUUGAGCGCUCUGUAGCCAUGUUAUAAAUGCAAUAAUGUAUCAAAUGUAUGUUAUAAAUAGACAUUACACGUUUUAAAAAGUAUUAGAGUUGCAGCCAGAGUUGUUAAACUUUUAUGGAGAUUGCUUGGUGGGUUUGUAGUUGUAAUGAAGUUUACACAGUGUUGUGUAUGUAUUUGCAGAAUAAACCGUAAAAGAGAACAGCACUUGUGUUCUUUGUCGAAGCCUGCACAUUUGCAUUUGAUAAUAAACGUACUCGACUGACAAUGGAUUGCAAUUAACCCCCUUUUUUGCUGCUAUACAAAGUCUAACCUAUUUAAUGGUUCUUUAGAACCUAAGGAAAGAGUUCUUUAUAUAGCCAUACAGGUUCCAUUCAUAACCUUAAGCAUGGCUUUAAUAUACAUUUUUAAAACAUAAAAUAGGGUUUAACUAUCUUUAAAGCAAAGAACUUUCAAUAUUUAAAACUAUUCUUUUUUUGGAGUGUACCAAAUGUUUUAGUCUGUUUAGAUUAUUCAAAGUGAAUACCUCCGACUCUUGGCGCCAACCCCUAGUCAUAUGAUAUGAACAACCAAUUAAACUGCAAGACCCCUGCUAUUUCGAGUGGAGACCCCAGGGAUCAGUUACUAAUUUGCAGCAUUGCUAGCUAGCUACAUGCGACUAUAACAUGUUAGAUUGGUUACAUUCAAUAGCUAGCUAGCUAACUUCAUGAAAUCUGUAAGUGACCUAUUUUUCCCUACCUGACAUUUUAAAUAGCUUAGGUAGCUAGCUGUCAAAAAUAUAUUUUCUUUAUGAAACUGCAACUGGACCAUGAAAAAUGUAGUGUAACCUGGCUAGGUUAGCUAGCUAGGAAUUUCUGGCAAUGAGCUAGCUAGCUAGCUUGUCAGGCAGCCUUAAAAGCUAGCAAGAUGUAUAUCGGACUUAUAGCAAGUGCUGAAAACUGAAAUGGUUUGCUGUCCACUAACAUUUGUGAGCUAAAUUGAGGAGCUUGUUCUUUGUGAUUGGUAGCUAGCUAUCAAAGUUAACGUCUUUAGUGUUCAGGGUUGCGUCAAUUCGAAUCUGGUAUCAGAAAAAGUAUGAUACUGAGUCACCGAUUGUAUACUAUGUACUUUUUAUUAGCUAAGCAAUAAGUGGUAAAUGCAAUUUUCGUAUAUAUGGGUUCGCUGUAACACCAUGCAGGGUAGAACAGAGAACUAGCCAACACACUAACGGUAUCUUCUUUAAUACUCUGACAGAAGCAGUUCCUGCUUCCGAGCUGGCCUAUCACAGAGUAGAGACUGGGCGUGGUUUAAACUCACUCAGCCUAUCAUUGAUUGUUGGCGCACAAACUGGUCCCAGCCCCUAGGCGCUUCAGAGGUCAGGUGUUGUAGCUGUGUAGAAUAUCUAUGCGCUCAUACUCUCGAUAGAGUUAUCACACACCUGGCUCCAGUUAUCUAACAAAAGACCGUUUGUUCUCUACACUACGUUCUGUAUGUGUCCCCCGCAACUCAUUGCACAGUUCCUGUUUUCAUAUUAUUCUGUAUUUGUCCAUCAAGAGAAAGGCCCAUGGCCCUGAAAAUGUCAACAAUGUCUCAAGUCAGCUAUGUUGCAUAACACAUACAGCAUUGUGUACAUACAGCACACACAAGCCAACAGCAAAUAAUAUUCAAUCACAUAUGAUAUGGUGACGGGCUAUAGUGCAUAACACAGAACUUCACAUUAGCUGCCCAAGUAAAAUGAGCGUGUGUACUAGCUAGUAGCUAGCUACUCACUAUCUAGUUUUUUUUCAUUUUUUCAUUUCAUUCAUUUUUCUAUUAGGUUGUGUGAGUUAACUUAGCUGUCAAGGGGCCACUACUGAGGACGCUAGCUAUUAAAAGGCGAGGUCUGUAGUUAGCUAACGCAAUUUAAUAAACGUUUUAUGUUUGUAGCUGUCUUAACAGUGCUAUGUAAAUGUUAUGCUUGGAUAGUGUUAACUUACCUAGCUAAAUAAUGUGUUAGCUUGGCAAACAUUUGCAUGUAGCUGAAGUUACUGUGUAGACGAGAAGGCGGGAAGAGUGUCUGCCACUUGCCAUUUAAGGUAAAGUCUCCCUCUACUUUUUUGUUGUUAAAAAUCAUAGUAUCACAAACAACUGUUUUAGUAUGGCAUGUCAUAAUGUUGUAUGCCAUUCCCCUAUUGACCUUCCUGACAGUAAGACCUGCUCCUCUCAAUUACCCAACAUACAGCCCCACAGUAACUUCAAUGAUAUUUAUAUUUUAAUGUUACCUAUGCCUUCAUAAACACAACCAAAUAUACAGUAUAAGAAUGUUUAAUUACUGUUAGAAUGUUGCUUUUAGCUUGAAUCGAGGCCCAACACGUCUUGUUAACUGUUUAGUGCUGGUACAGAGAUCAUAUAAUCACUUAACCAUGACAAUCAAUUAAAUGAAAAUAUUUUGUAUUAUUCAAUAUUAAUAGAUAUUCUUACUUGAAAAUGUAACGUUCUGCACUGUUUAUGAUUAAAAGAAAUAUCUCAAGCUAUGUUUUGAAUAUUUUCAUGCCUCACAGGCGAUUGAAGUGUCCCCAGUGUUGCUUGUUUUAGCCUUGGUUGGAGGUGCUUUUUUACAUUUAUUUUUGUAUAAAUCUAUAAGGUUUAGCAACAUUCUCUUCCCACCAAAAAGCAAGAAAGUGUUGGUUACUUUUUGCAUUUCCAUCUCCUAACCUAGUCAGCCAUUAUAAUUAUGCUUUAAAAGUUAGUGGUAUUAGCUGAGACAUAACCAAUAUCCAGAUCUGUAUGGAGUCUUAGUUAUCCAAAACUAAUAUAGUGUUUUUUAUAUUGGAUAAAAAACAUACUCUUUUUUUUUCAGCAGCCAAUAGGCUAUUAAAAUGAGGUGAAAUCCAUAUGUUAUGGUCACUUUUCUGUGGUUACAGAUUGCCUAUUUGGGAUUGAAAGGUGGCUGUGAUGUGAAAGAGUGUGUGGAGGAUCAUGGCACACAUGACCUUUCAAAGACCAUGAACUGGAGGGGAAUGCCAACUGCAGCUGCCAACUGCAGCUCAAAGGGAUAGUUCAUUCUGCAGUGUGGAGAAACCGACUCACGUCCAGUGCAACUAACAAAGAAGUGGGGGAAAAAGCGGUGUUUUUUUUUGUUUUGUUUUUUUGUUUGUUUUUUUCCUUGGUUUGUGUGACCAACUUGCACCAAAUUUCCUGAAGAUGUUCAGGAAGAUGAAUGCUGCUUCAGGUACGGAAAGUGAAACAGGUAUUGGCUUCACCCUAUUCGUUUUGAGAAACUAUAAAGGUCGCAUUACUACAGGUAAGAUGGUAUACCUAAACAUUAGCAACAAGUCCGUGACAUUUGACAUAGCUAAGCCUGUUUUGUAUUACAAAUAUAUACUUUUUUUGCUCUACGUCUCGUUUUCAUUACCAACAUGCAUAGGCCUACGAAGUCUUUGCUUAUUUGUUUGUUUCUAACCCUGUGCAAUGGUUUCUCGGUGGGCUGCAGAUGGAUGGACGAUCACAAAUUCCUACAACACAGUGAGACCUUAAUGAACGUACUCAAUAUUAUGGGUGGGGAGUUUACUACAGACAGUGUGGACAUACCUUUCCCAGAGGACCUGUACGAGCAAGCUGAAUAUUUACCAACUGAUGACACAAUUUGGUUCAUCCUCCAAACCCUUGACAAGAUCGCUGAGCUGUUUGAUGGAGAACUAGACUCUGUCUGGGAUGAGAAGAAAGUGGAGAUCUUCCUCAAUGUUCUCACCAGUCAGUCGGAUGGCCUUCAGUCAUGUGUUAGGGCCCAGAAAAAAAAUAGCAAGAAUCUGCAAAUGUACUUCAAGAGGCUGAACAACCACGUCCUUAAAAGAAUGGCAUACAGUGCUCAUGCAUGGGAGCUGGUCAGGAAAGAGGUUAGGACACAUCUGAGGAGGCUGGUUCUUCUGGGUUCAGCUACAGAAAACAGCAUCUAAACUCAGCAACGCAAUAAUUAUCGUCACGUAUGAGUGACGUCAUGUAUUUCACCUGUUUCUUUGUAUUUUUUACGAUAUGUUUAUUGAUUCCACAUGGAAAUGUGUUUUUUUUUAUCUGGUUUUAAAUCUAUUUAUUUAUUAACUUUUAUUUAUUCUGUUGAUGAUUGCUGGAUACAUUUUUAUACACAAAAUUACUGUAGAUGUAUGCUUUUACCUGCUACUUCAUUAAAUGCAUGUUUGACUACAUAUGGA